CCGUUCUGCAGUAAAGUCUCUCAAACACUGUAGACAAGCCGGCCCCGAGCCCCCAAGAAGAUAGGAGGGCGCAGGUAACUGCACCAACAUUGCUUUUCGCAUGUUAGCGGGGAAUGGAACAGCGGCACUCUUUUCUGGCGGGGACAAACGUGAAUCGCAGCGCAACCUGCAAGUAGAGAACCAUACUACGCACGACUUCCUAGCAUCUUGGCGCAAACCCUACUAUCCCAUGACGAGCAUCCAGCUCUCUCGUCUCUCGUCGCCGGAAUAAAUUUGAUGACGGAACGUGACAAAAAACAAGAGGAUC